AUGGAGGAGGUGGAAAAAAGUUAUCCUCAAUAUGACGACCUUGAUUAUGAUGACCUAACGACAGCCUUUAAUAGGUUAGAUAUAGGGGUGAAGGCUGAGGCUAUGUAUGGUGAUGAUCCUAUAGUAUUAACUGAUCUUAAAAGUGAACUGGACUAUGUGAAGAAUCUUAUGGAGAGACGUGAAAUAGAAGAAACAACUUUCACCGAAGGAAAUGAUGGUACAGUGAACAUUUCAGGUCCAUCAGGAAGCACAACCACCCCGGGAGUAGAUUUUGUAGAAGAUCCAAACAAUGUACUUCCAGACGUACUAGAUGCAUUCAACGAAUCAUUUGACGCUAACUGGGACGAAAUAGAAGCCCGCCUAGAGAAACUAAAUAAGAUUUCAACAGCAAAUAAAAAGAGAGAUUUUGAAAACCAAGUAGAGCGUGUUCAAGCUGUCACAAGAGUUAUCAAGGGCAAGGAGGGACUGAUACUAGAUCCUAGGAAUAGAUACGUCAGGGAACUCGUCAAACGAUCAUCUGUAAGAACACUCAAGGAUGGCACAGAGGUGUUGGUAUUUAGAAGUGAACAAGGUAUUGACAAAAGUGGGACACAAAUAAUGAAACGUGGUAAGACCAGUAAACCUGUGUACUCCAAGAACUCACCUGCAUUAAGAGAAUACAAGGACCUUCUAAAGAAAAUAAAAGAGGUACCUACAGAUCCUGACGACAUAACUGAAAGAGAAGAGCCGCAAUUUGAUACCAGUGAUGAGGAAUGCGCUGACCGCGAGAACAUUGAGUUAGUAGACAUAAGUGCAAGACUGGGGGACCUUCCUGGGUUAACAAUGCAAGAAAACAAUGAACUGAGGGGUGUUCUUAACCCACCUGAUGGAUCAAGCAUAGAAGGUAGAACAGGUCCCAAUGGAGCGUUGCAAAUACAAGCUGACUACUUUAACGAAGCUAUUAAUGAAACCGUGAAACAAGCCGGCUCAGCGAAAGGUACAACUGAGUAUAAUUCCCUCCUAGAAAGAAUUGAUGGUCUAAAGGAAGCUAGGGAUAGGACACUAGAGCAGAGAGUAGUAGAGGAAGCAAGAGAGGCACAGUUGGAAGAUAUUUCUAGAUUACGUAAAUUUAUAGACUGGGUAGGAAAGGAAAAAGUGGGACUUGCAGGGAUAGCAGUGUCAACAGCUAGUUUAAUUACAACAUUAUUAAUCCAUGCUAGGGGAGCCAUUGUUAAGACAGCAAAGACCACUGGUAAAGUAGCAAAAGCAUUAGCAAAUUUAGCAAAGAAAGCAGGACCAAUUCUAGUUCCAAUCCUGAACGCAAUUGCAACAGCGCUAUCCUGGGGAGCAAAAGGAAUUGCCUGGUUAGCGUCACAUUUAUGGGUAUUAGCUAUAGCUGCAGCCUUAAUGGUAUAUAACUAUUACACAAAGUAA